AUGGACAGCCUCAUCGGCAGCUCGAGUUCUCAGUCCAAGACGGCCUCGCCAUUCUCAGCUCUCCACUUACCGCAGUCCGAAUGGAAGGAUUAUUUUUCCACUACCCACGCAGCUUCAGUUAAAAAUGAGACUGCCACACUACUUCACUUUCAGUAUAACCUCGCGCCAUGGAUUGAAGCGGGCGACGUAGGGUCUUCCUUUGGGACCGAAGUUAUGCUACUUGCACAGAAACGACGGUCAAUAUUGUCUGCUAUUUCGUCGGCUGCUUCCACCCAACUGGCUAGGUCUAAUUCGGCGUAUGGAGGUUCUACGAUGGUUCCACGAGAUACUGAUCCGUCUCUUGCCCUUGAAGAGCCAAGGGUAAGGAGGAUUGGACUAGCACUGUUGGCCUUGGGAGAGGUUUUCACUUUGAGUCCUUCUCAAUGGAGAAGACUCUCCUUUUUCCAAUCGGAUGAGUCUACGAGAAAUGCGAAUAGCUUUUCAGGGUUUGGAGAGCCGCUGGAAACUUUGUUGCGGUUUCAUUCCAGGAUUGAUCAGCCACCACUAACAUCUUUGGGAUUCACCAUGAAUCACGACCCGGCAGACCGUACCCUCCCAUUGUCGACAAAGUCAAUUUACAACGCCUGUCUAAUUCAGCUCGCGAGCUGUCUCCAACUGCUCAACGGCAACAAUAUCAACAAUAUUGCUUCUAACUCACCACCAUUCUACAUGCCAACAACUCAAGAAUCCAUGUCCCCAGGUGCAGGCUCAUAUUUCUCAUCAAAAUGGUCCACCUUAUGGUCAAAUUGCCAGCAAUGGUACCACAGCCGCCCCGUCGAAAUGCAGCCCAUUCUAGAAAUACGCAGCGUUGAAGCCGGCCAAAUCGACGCUGACAACGACUCCUCGUUCCCAAUACCCGUCUACACCAGCUCUAUUGCUCUACAGUGUAAUAUUGUCUACCACAUCUCAUCACGCCUUCUCUUAUUACGCAAACCUCGGCUUCUGCGACUAUCUAGCCGCCAGCGUCAUCUCACGUCCCUAAGCUGGCAUGCUCAACAAAUUGCCGGAACCGCGACACGCAAUGAUUUCGCGGAGCAAUGGGAUCCUAUUCUCGUCGCGGGGCUGCUGUGGAUUGCUAGGGACAUGACGCAUCCGUCGCAGCAGGAGUCGCUCAUAUCAUGCUUCCGCCAGAUAUCGUCCAGCACGGGAAUCAAGCUGGAUGAAGAAAUACAAGCGCUGAGGGCGAGAUGGAACAGCUCGCAAGUGAGAGGCUUCCAACUCCCUGGUUGA